GGCCGCGUGAGCCGCUGCAGGCUCCAGAGCCCGCAAGUGCCAGCGGGCGCGCCAGUCCGGCUUGGGUGGGGGGCGCCGCAGUCGCCAUGCUGCGUGGGCCCCGGGCCCUGGCCCCAGCCGUUGCGCAGCCUCCCAAGGGGGUGCCCUCUUUGAGCCCCACUGAGCUGUGGCCUCCGGGCCUAAGCAGCCCCCAGCUCUGCCCAGGCACCACCACCUACUACACUUCGCUGUUCCCGCAGUCGGUGCCUCCCGCUGCAGCGCCUGGCACCUGCCUCGACGCCACCCCCCACGGACCCGACGGCCAAGUCGUGCGCUGUGUGCCGGCUGGCCGGCUGCCGGCCAAAAGGAAGCUGGACCUGGAGGGUCUUGGGAAGCCUGCGGUCCCUGAAUUCCGAACUCCCAAGGGGAAGUGCUUCCGCGUGGACGGCCUUCCCAGCCCCAAAACGCCCAAGUCCCCUGGAGAGAAGACUCGGUAUGACACGUCGCUGGGACUGCUCACCAAGAAGUUCAUUUACCUCCUGAGCGAGUCAGAGGAUGGGGUCCUGGACCUGAACUGGGCAGCGGAGGUGCUGGAUGUGCAGAAGCGUCGCAUCUAUGACAUCACCAACGUCCUGGAGGGCAUCCAGCUCAUCCGCAAGAAGUCCAAGAACAACAUCCAGUGGGUAGGCAGGGGAAUAUUCGAAGACCCCGCCCAGCCUUCGAAGCAGCAACAGCUGGGACAGGAGCUGAAGGAGCUGAUGAGCGCCGAGCAGGCCUUGGACCAGCUUAUCCAGAGCUGUUCUCUCAGCUUCAAGCACCUGACCGAGGACACAGCCAACAAGAGGCUGGCCUACGUGACCUACCAAGACAUCCGUGCUGUCGGCAAUUUUAAGGAGCAGACGGUGAUCGCGGUCAAGGCCCCUCCGCAGACAAGGCUGGAAGUGCCAGACAAAGCUGAGGAGAACCUGCAGAUAUACCUGAAGAGCACCCAGGGGCCCAUCGAAGUCUACCUGUGCCCGGAAGAGGUGCAGGAGCCCGACAGCCCUGCCAGCGAGCCCCUCCCUUCCACCUCCACCCUCCGGCCCAGCCCGGACUGCGCCCCAUCCGACACUGGCUCCGACCCUGCCGACCUGGAGCUCGCAGCCUCCUCAGCGCCAGCACCCACUCCCCAGCAGGACCCACUGCCACUGCCACCGCCAUCGUCCCUCAUCCCUUUGGAGGCCACUGACAGUAUGCUGGAGCUGACGCAUCCACUUCUACAGCAGACCGAGGACCAGUUCCUGUCUCCGACCUUGGCCUGCAACUCCCCUCUGAUCAGCUUCUCCCCACCCCUGGACCAAGACGACUACCUGUGGGGCCUGGACGGCGGUGAGGGCGUCAGUGACCUCUUUGACUCCUAUGACCUUGGGGACCUGUUGAUCAAUUGAGCAACGUUGCCUGCCCUCCGCAGUGCCACACCUGUCUCUACCUCCUCACAGACAGACUGACAGGCCCUCUGCCCGCAUGGGGUCAUUGGACACAGGGUGCCGGCCUCAGGCCAUGACGGUCGUCUCCUUCCCAGCCUCCCUGCCCGCAGGUGUCUGGGAGAUGUGGAGGACGUGGGUGAGGACGGUAUCAGAGGCUGGGUCCUGUCCUUUCUCCUCUGACCUCUGACCUCUGACCUCUCACAUGAAGGACCACAGGUGCAGGUGACCAGGUUCAGGGAAAGGCCCUGCCACCUUCUUUUGAGAGAUAUAAUUAGGACCCUUGAUUUCUCAAGAAGCACUUAAUGCCUUUGUAUUUA